AUGGGGCUGGGGUCUUCAUCGACUAGCUGCUGCUCCUUCAUGACCUGGGCUGAGCUCUGCAAUGACAGUGACCUGCAGCAGAUUGGACGACUGAUUAUUGGACAGAAUGGCAUCUUGUCGACACCUGCUGUUUCCUGCAUUAUCAGAAAGAUCAAGGCAGCUGGUGGAAUCAUCCUGACAGCCAGCCACUGCCCUGGAGGACCAGGGGGAGAGUUUGGAGUGAAGUUUAAUGUUGCCAAUGGAGGUCCUGCACCAGACGUUGUCUCAGACAAAAUCUAUCAGAUCAGCAAAACAAUUGAGGAAUAUGCGAUAUGUCCUGAUCUUCGAAUCGACCUGUCUCGACUAGGAAGACAAGAAUUUGACCUGGAGAACAAAUUCAAACCAUUUCGAGUGGAGAUAGUGGACCCAGUGGAUAUCUAUCUCAACCUCCUUCGGACCAUCUUUGACUUUAACGCCAUCAAAAGUUUGCUGGCUGGGCCUGGCCAACUGAAGAUCCGAGUUGAUGCUAUGCACGGAGUUAUGGGACCCUAUGUGAGAAAAGUCCUGUGCGAUGAGCUGGGGGCCCCAGCCAAUUCUGCAAUAAACUGUGUUCCCCUGGAAGAUUUUGGUGGGCAGCAUCCUGACCCAAACCUGACAUAUGCAACGACCCUUCUGGAAGCUAUGAAAGGAGGGGAAUAUGGAUUUGGAGCUGCCUUUGAUGCUGAUGGGGAUCGUUACAUGAUCCUAGGCCAAAACGGCUUCUUUGUGAGCCCGUCCGACUCCCUGGCCAUCAUUGCUGCCAACCUCUCUUGCAUUCCAUAUUUCCGUCAGAUGGGGGUCCGAGGCUUUGGGAGGAGCAUGCCCACCAGCACGGCCCUGGACAGAGUGGCCAAAUUAAUGAAGGUCCCUGUAUAUGAGACCCCCGCUGGAUGGAGAUUCUUCUCAAAUCUGAUGGACUCGGGACGGUGCUCUCUGUGUGGAGAAGAGAGCUUUGGCACUGGCUCCGAUCACCUCCGGGAGAAAGAUGGCCUCUGGGCUGUCUUGGUCUGGCUCUCCAUUAUCGCUGCCCGCAAGCAGAGUGUGGAGGAAAUUGUUCGAGAUCACUGGGCCAAAUUUGGCCGCCACUACUAUUGCAGGUUUGAUUAUGAGGGGCUAGAGCCCAAGGCGACAUACUACAUCAUGAGGGACCUGGAGGCCCUGGUCACAGACAAGUCCUUCAUUGGCCAGCAGUUUGCUGUGGGGAGCCAUGUCUACAGUGUGGCAAAGACAGACAGCUUUGAAUACGUGGACCCCGUGGAUGGCACCGUGACCAAGAAACAGGGCUUGAGGAUCAUUUUCUCAGAUGCUUCACGGCUCAUCUUCCGGCUCAGUUCUUCCAGUGGCAUGCGGGCCACCAUCAGACUGUAUGCAGAGAGCUAUGAGAGGGAUCCCAGCGGUCAUGACCAGGAGCCACAGGCGGUGCUGAGCCCUCUCAUAGCCAUCGCGCUGAAAAUAUCCCAGAUUCAUGAGAGAACCGGCCGGAGGGGUCCCACUGUCAUAACCUGAAGGAAGGCACAAUCACUUACCAGGCCCGAAGGAGAGCGCUCAGCGGGAGACACGUCACCCACGCCUUCUUGCUACCUGUUUGUGCCUCUUAUGACUUUGGAAAAACAAAACAAAAGAUAAUUUGUUGGUAGGGGAUGGAGGGGUGGGUGGGAAAUGAAAAAAAUGUUUUGUUUAGAUUUUGGUCAGUUCCUCCCAAUGCAAUAAGGUCUUCAGUUGCCUGUUAAAACUGUACUAUCAUUUGUUCUUGAUAUUUUAUCACACAAAGGAACCUCCCCUUUUAAGAAAGAAAAAGUGGGCUGGGAAACUGUUAGUCACAACAUCUGAACCAGCUGAUGGCCCUCUUUUCCACCUUCCCAUUUCCAAAGUCCCCCUGCCACCUUCUCUCACAUCUCCUAAAACUUCCUACACAUCACAAUGGCACACAUUCAACCAAACAUAUCAAAGGGUGUUCUCUCUUACUUUGUAGAUAUUAUUUUAGCUAUUAAGCUGGCUGCAUUCCUUCAAAUUCAGCUGUUCAUGAUGCAGGUGGGAAAUAGUUUCUUGGCAAGACUCUGCAAAUGAAUGUUUAACAUUCUUUGGGCCCUUCCUUGAUUGCAUCACCUAGAGUGGUACAUGAGUUUAUACUCAUUUCUCCUGGGAAGACAAAAUAUCACCACGUCUGCUAUCUCUGAUGUUCUCUCUGCUCUCUUAUCUCCCAAUAAGAGCCUAUUUUAAUGCACCCGUUUGGACACAGUUCAGCUUUUACUUAUGAUGGCUGUAAAAGGAGACAAUGAAAUGCCGUAGAAGUAGGGAAUGAAGUGGACUCUGGAAGAAAACCUUCCUGGUGGUACAGUUAUGGGCCUGGUGAGAUGGAGGGCAGAGCGGAGACCCCUGCUGGAAAGCAGAGGGUCACAACUGGCUGUCUGUGCCCAGGAAAAGGAUCUUGCAGCUCCAGCAGCCCUUGCCUGACUCAGCCAGGACACUAGGUGCACGGGACCUGUUUGCAUAUGUUUUGCUUCCUUGGGAACGGCGCUCUCACUUAUUGUGUCAUUUGCACAGAUGACGUGGUGUGCUUUGACUGUUAAGCAGUUUGUUAUUGCUGUAGUUAGGAUUAGUGCAAGCAGGGAAACAUUCCCAAUAAGGUGUUUGUUUCCAUUUUCUAUCUAUGCCUCUGUCAGAAACUUGUUAGGACAUUUAGUAUCCAAUAAAACAGAAAUUCUUUAUUUCAACCUUA